AUGGCUGACGAGACUCUCGUGGCCGCAACGGCCGUGUUGCAGUCUUUAGCCAGAGACGAGCCCACCGCCGGCUCCUCCUCACCUCCCUUUGAUUUCCAAUUUUCUUCGAGUAACGGCACGAAAUCAUCCCAACUUCCCGGAGAACCCACCCCUGCAAAGGCCUCCUUCGAAGCCGAAUUGGAGGCCUUGGUGCGGCGCGUGCAUCAUCUGGAAUUCCAAGCUCAGCAAAAACUGAAUCAAUCCGAUCGGCGGCAGCGGACCCCCUCCGGUCCCGAAGAGCCCCCGGUUGGAGACCUUGACGAAGACGAAACCGACGAAGAGGAUGAGAAUGGGGCUCGCACCCGCGUCGUCCGCGAGGAGGACAUCAGCAUUCUCCGCAACCAUGUCCAGAAGCAGGCCGAGGAGAUAAGCUUCCAGAAAGACAUUAUUGCGCAGGUUCGCGAUGAGUUGCAGAAGCAGGAAGAGCACACCCGCCGUGCUUUGACCAAGGUCGAGAACGAAGACGUCGUUCUUUUGGAACGUGAACUACGCAAGCAUCAACAGGCCAACGAGGCUUUCCAGAAAGCCUUACGAGAAAUCGGCGGUAUCAUUACCCAGGUUGCCAACGGUGACCUGUCCAUGAAAGUCCAGAUCCACCCUCUAGAGAUGGACCCUGAAAUCGCCACUUUCAAACGAACGAUCAACACUAUGAUGGACCAACUGCAAGUUUUCGGUAGCGAAGUGUCUCGAGUCGCCCGUGAAGUCGGAACCGAAGGUAUACUUGGAGGACAAGCUCAGAUUACUGGAGUCCAUGGUAUUUGGAAAGAACUUACGGAAAAUGUGAACAUCAUGGCCAAGAACUUGACGGACCAGGUGCGAGAAAUCGCGGCUGUGACCACUGCUGUCGCCCACGGAGAUCUCAGUCAGAAGAUUGAGAGCCGCGCUCAGGGUGAAAUUUUGGAACUGCAACAGACGAUCAACACCAUGGUGGAUCAACUUCGAACAUUUGCAACCGAGGUAACGCGAGUCGCGCGCGACGUCGGAACGGAAGGUGUACUAGGUGGACAAGCCCAGAUCGAAGGUGUACAAGGCAUGUGGAACGAACUCACGGUUAAUGUCAACGCUAUGGCCAACAAUCUCACCACCCAAGUGCGUGAUAUCGCCACGGUCACCAAGGCGGUCGCGAAGGGUGACCUCACGCAGAAGGUGCAAGCCAACUGCCGAGGAGAAAUUGCGGAGCUCAAGAACAUUAUCAAUUCCAUGGUGGACCAACUACGGCAAUUCGCGCAGGAAGUCACUAAGAUUGCCAAGGAGGUCGGUACCGACGGUGUACUCGGAGGGCAAGCCACGGUGAAUGAUGUUGAAGGCACCUGGAAAGAUUUGACUGAAAACGUCAACCGAAUGGCCAACAACCUGACCACUCAGGUGCGAGAGAUUGCCGAUGUCACAACCGCUGUCGCCAAGGGUGACUUGACCAAGAAGGUUACCGCGAACGUUCAAGGUGAAAUACUAGACCUCAAGAGCACUAUCAACGGCAUGGUGGACCGGUUGAAUACGUUCGCCUUCGAAGUCAGUAAGGUGGCUCGAGAGGUCGGUACAGACGGUACCCUUGGUGGUCAAGCCAAGGUCGAUAAUGUGGAAGGAAAAUGGAAAGAUCUCACCGACAACGUCAACACUAUGGCUCAAAAUUUGACGUCUCAAGUGCGAAGUAUCUCCGACGUCACGCAGGCCAUUGCCAAGGGUGACCUUAGCAAGAAAAUUGAGGUGCACGCCCAGGGAGAGAUUCUGACGUUGAAGGUCACCAUCAACCACAUGGUCGGUCGACUCGCUAAGUUCGCCACUGAACUGAAGAAGGUCGCUCGCGAUGUCGGUGUCGAUGGCAAGAUGGGUGGGCAAGCCAACGUCGAGGGCAUUGCAGGAACUUGGAAAGAAAUUACCGAGGACGUAAAUACGAUGGCCGAAAAUCUUACGUCUCAGGUGCGAGCAUUCGGUGAAAUUACCGAUGCAGCCACCGACGGUGAUUUCACCAAGCUCAUUACGGUCAAUGCCUCCGGAGAAAUGGACGAGUUGAAGCGCAAGAUCAACAAGAUGGUUUCCAACUUGAGGGACAGUAUCCAGCGAAACACUGCCGCUAGGGAGGCUGCCGAACUUGCCAACCGUACCAAAUCUGAAUUCUUGGCCAAUAUGUCGCACGAGAUCAGGACACCGAUGAACGGUAUCAUCGGUAUGACGCAGCUGACAUUGGAUACGGAUGACUUGAAACCGUACACACGUGAGAUGUUGAACGUCGUGCACAACUUGGCCAACAGUUUACUCACGAUCAUUGACGAUAUUCUUGAUAUCUCGAAGAUCGAAGCCAACCGGAUGGUGAUCGAAAGCAUUCCGUUCACUGUGCGGGGCACCGUCUUCAAUGCGCUCAAGACUUUGGCCGUCAAGGCGAAUGAGAAGUUCCUGAGUCUGACAUACCAGGUGGAUAACACUGUGCCGGACUAUGUCAUUGGUGACCCCUUCCGUCUGCGCCAGAUCAUCCUCAAUUUGGUCGGCAACGCCAUCAAGUUCACUGAGCACGGUGAAGUCAAACUCACGAUCCGCAAAUCCGAUCGGGAGCAAUGCACCACUAACGAGUAUGCUUUCGAGUUCUCUGUCUCCGACACCGGUAUUGGUAUCGAGGAAGACAAGCUGGAUUUGAUCUUCGACACCUUCCAGCAGGCCGAUGGCUCUACCACCCGGAGGUUUGGCGGCACUGGUCUUGGUCUUUCCAUCUCCAAGCGCCUGGUCAACUUGAUGGGUGGUGACGUUUGGGUCACCUCUGAGUACGGCCACGGCAGUACCUUCCACUUCACUUGCGUGGUCAAACUCGCAGACCAGUCCUUGACGGUCAUCUCCUCCCAGCUCAUGCCGUACCGAAACCAUCGGGUUUUGUUCAUCGACAAGGGGCAGAACGGAGCUCAGGCCUCCAAUGUCAUGAAGAUGCUCAAGAAGAUUGACUUGGAACCGUUGGUUGUCAGGAACGAAGAGCACGUCCCGCCGCCUGAGAUCCAGGAUCCUUCCGGAAAGGAAUCCGGCCAUGCAUACGACGUCAUCAUUGUUGACUCGGUGGAUACGGCUCGCAUCCUUCGUACUUUCGACGAGUUCAAGUAUAUUCCGAUCGUUUUGGUCUGCCCUCUGGUCUGUGUCAGCUUGAAGUCUGCUCUGGACCUUGGUAUCAGCUCUUACAUGACCACACCAUGCCAGCCUAUUGACCUUGGAAAUGGUAUGCUGCCGGCCUUGGAAGGCCGGUCGACACCAAUCACCACCGAUAACUCUCGUUCCUUCGACAUUCUUCUUGCCGAGGACAACGACGUGAAUCAGCAGCUUGCGAUGAAGAUUCUUCAGAAGCAUAACCACAAUGUCUUCGUCGUUGGCAAUGGCUUGGAAGCGGUGGAGGCUGUGAAGAAGCGUCGGUACGAUGUCAUUCUCAUGGAUGUUCAAAUGCCCGUCAUGGGUGGAUUUGAAGCCACCGGGAAGAUUCGCGAGUACGAGCGGGAGAGUGGACUCCAGCGGACCCCGAUCAUUGCGCUCACGGCGCACGCCAUGUUGGGAGACCGCGAGAAGUGCAUCCAGGCCCAGAUGGACGAAUACCUUUCCAAGCCGCUUAAGCAGAACCAGAUGAUGCAGACCAUUCUCAAGUGUGCCACGCUUGGUGGCUCGCUGCUGGAGAAGAGCAAGGAGUCUCGGAUCUCCAGCAGCGGAGAAAUGCAUCCGAUCCACUCCUCUGUCUCUUCUGACAACCAGAAUCAGCAGCAGCAACAACGCUCGCAGAAAAUGCAACCUUUACCGACACCAACGCGACCUAGUGUGGACACUCGGGCAAUCACAUCAUCGGGCCCCAUCACCCGCGGAAGUGUUGUCAGUCCUAGGCCGGCCGAGGACAAAGACGAAGAGAUGAUCGAUGAUCGGUCAUUGUUGCGAUCCAACAGUACUUGA